CCCUAUUCUCUCUCUCUCUUGAUCUCUUGAUUACAUUAACUUAUUCAAUCUUUUUAGCUCUCCACUGCCAACCGGAGCUCUCCGAUGAUCAUCUGUCUCAUCCGGGAUCUGAUGCUAGGCCAACUCACGCCUUCUCGCUGGUCAAUUCUGACUUGACUGACUGUGCCCUGUCUCUCCGUUGACCGUGGGAAAACCCCCGAUCGAAUGACGCUGCUGCAUCGCGUUUUCUGAUCAAUAGAAAAAAGGGGCCAUGGAAUACAAAUACGAACAUCAUCACCCGAUUAAUAAUGACGGCAUUAUACGUUGUUGUUGUGGUCAGCCCGAGUGCGCAUUCCUGCGCGAAAACCAGUUGGCGCUGGAGGCUGUUGAGAAGGACCUCGAGACCGCAGCGCGAUUGGGACAGGUAAGACACUUUUUUAAUUAUAGUAGACCAUUUGGUUGGAAACUAUUGGUAUUGUCAUUUUGUAUUACCUAGGGUGAUGAUGAUAUCAGAUCCCUGGUCUUUGCUGCCCCUCUUAUAUACUCCAUUCUGCACCCUAUAUACAAAUAGCUUACAUGCCGGGGUGGCUUUUUUUUUUUUUUUUCUCAUUUUCGAUUCUUGGUCUUGCCUCCUCCAUUCAUUAUAUCACUGUGGCAAUGUAUUGUCCUUCUUAAUAGGGACUGAUUUGUUAUUAUUGUUUUGUUUUGUGUCUCCCCCUAACAUACCGUAUACAUGCAAUGCCAUGGAGGUCAAGGGGCUACAGUCCGGCGUCCUCUCCCAAUGCUUCCCAG